AUGGAAAAUUUAAAAAAUUCUGAUCAACAAAACGAAUAUUUAACAAUUAAACAACGAAAUAAUAAUGAUAAUAUUCAUAAAAUUAUUACUUCUAUUCUUGUUGAUUAUGCUGAUCCAGAAUAUGAACAUGAACUUUCAUCUUUAAUUACAAUACAUUAUAUUAUUUCACAAGAACGUUUUAAAACUUUAUUAAAAUUAACGAACAAUAAAAUUAAUUUUGAAGAACUUUCUACAAUUAUUCUUCCAAAACAACAAGCAAUUGAAUGUAAAACUUUGCUUGAUUCAUUUCAUCAACGUAUUAAUUAUCGACAGAAACGUUUUAAACGCAUUGAAAAUUUACAAAAACUUCUUCUUUCAUCCAUAUCAACUGAAAAAUUUCUAGAAAUGAUUUCAGACUUAGUGUCACCUAAUCAUUUACAUAUUCUCGAUCCAAUUAUUGAAAAAUAUUCUAUAUUUUUAACAACAAUUAUUAUAAGAAUUAUUUCAAAUAAAGAACUUCUUAAAAUUUGUGCUUAUGAACAAAAAUUAGAUACAAAUGAUCAAUCGCAUCGUCAACAAGAAUCAUCAAUUGAUAUAAGUGUAGGAAAUGCUGAUCGUAAAAGUGCAGGAGUAAAUCUUAGCAGAAUGACAAUAUUAGAUUUACGAGAAACUAGUCUUACACUUCAAUCCAUAUUUGAUUGUUAUACUCUAAGUAUGUCUAUGUAUACCCAUAAUUCUGUUCUUCGACAUAAAAUAGAACAAACAAUCAUAAUAACUAUAUUUGAUUAUAUUCUUCAUUUUAAUCAUCGAACUAUGAUCAAUGAACAAUUAAGAAAAUUAUUUAAUGGAUUUAAACCUUUGGCUGUUUAUAAAGUUCAAUUAUUAAUUGAAAAAGAAUUGAUAGUUAUUAAAUUAUUAUUAAACAUACGUAAACAGCAAGCACUAUUAACAAUUGAUGAUCUGAAUAUAUAUCUUGAAUCAUAUCCAAUACCAUGUCGAUUAGAUAUAGUCAAUGAAUUACGUGGUUCAAAAAUCAUUUCACAAUCUCUUGCUAAUAUAACUGCACCCGAAGCCCAAGCUAUAUUUCUUAUUUAUAUGAUGAUUACAUUAAUUCAAAAAGAAGCUAUACUUAAAAAUCAAUCAAGUGAAUAUAAAACUGUCAUUCAAGAACAAUUUUUAAUUAAUAUACUUGAUCGUAAACAAUUAACUAAUAUACAAUUUGAAUUAGCACUUAAUCAAAAUAUGCGUCGACGUCAAGUUAUUCAAACCAAUAUAUUAAGUGAUCAAAUAAAAACUGUUAAAAUAGUAAAAGAAAAAGCUCAACGAACAGUUGAUCAUGCUCUUUUAAAAAUGGAUGAAAAUAUACAAUCAUUUUCUAAACCAAUACAAAUAUCAUCUCGUUUAACAUAUAAUAGUCUUGUUAAACAACAUAAAUCUCUAAUUGAAAAUAAUCAAGAAUUAUUAAUCAUCGAUAAAAAUAUAAACAAUGAAUUAUUACCAAAUUUACGUUCAUUACGCCAUAAUUAUAUACAAACUAAAAUACCACGAAAUCAAUUACAUUUAUUAGUUGAACAAGGGUGUGGAUGUGGGUGUUCAUUAGAUCUUAUACGACAUAUAAUAUAUCAUUAUUAA